CAGAAAGAGCUAAAGAGAGAGAUAGAGAGGGAAAAAAUGAAAAUGGUUCAAGAGGGAAUCCGAAAGGGUCCAUGGACAGAACGGGAGGACUUCAAAUUGAACUGUUUUGUGGGUUUGUUUGGAGAUCGCCGAUGGGAUUUUAUAGCAAAAGUUUCAGGUUUGAAGGUGGAGGGAGACAAAUAAUAGGUUUGAACAGAACAGGAAAAAGUUGCAGGUUGCGAUGGGUUAAUUACCUACACCCUGGCCUCAAACGAGGUAAGAUGACACUUCAAGAAGAGCGCCUUGUGCUGGAACUUCACUCCAAAUGGGGAAACAGAUGGUCAAGAAUUGCCCACAGAUUACCAGGGCGUACAGAUAAUGAGAUUAAGAAUUAUUGGAGAACUCAUAUGAGGAAGCAAGCUCAAGAGAAGAAACGGGGUUUGUCUCCAUCUUCAUCAUCUUCAAAUUCUUGCUUGUCAUCAGCAAGCAAUCCUACUGUGAAUUCAUUGCCCUUCCCAAAGACUGGAGAAGAGAGCUUUUAUGACACAGGAGGUCAUGAUAUUAUAGCUGUGGAUUCAUUGUCCUUCCCAAAGACAGGAGAAGAGAGCUUUUAUGACACAGGAGGUCCUGAAAUCAUCGCUUCCGCAGAAAAGCAGAUUGAAGAAGAGAAAGCAGGUGAAAACGUAUAUUCAAUGGAUGACAUAUGGAAAGAUAUUGCCCUGUCAGAAGAAGACACCAUCAAACCAGCCUAUUAUAGCUUUAGUGAAGGAGGGAGCACUUUCUCUCAUCAUGCUUUGGCUUCUCCAUCAUGGGAGUAUUUUCUGGACUCACUGUGGAGGAUGGAUGAAGAAGUAAGUAAGAUGUUUCUCCCCACGAGUGAUCAGUUUUUCCCCUGUUACGAAUAUGGGAGAGCAUCUCUAACCGGCUAAUCAUACUUUUUAUUUAUUAAAAAUUUGUUCAUCUGUGUAAUAUUGUCCUAAGGAAGCUCUAGACUGAAUAGCACGGUUUCUCUCUAAGCUUUCUGAUUCAGCUCUGAAUCAUUUCAAAAUCACUGUAAUAAUCUCAUGUAUAAUUCUAAUCUAUCCCUGUAUUUUGUGUGCUUUCACUUGUCAGAGAGGAAGAAGGAACCUCAUCAAAUCUCCCAAAGGAGGUUGGUAAUUUCUUCUAUAUAUUGUAUAAUACGUCUUGGUACUUUUCA